UAUUUAAACAAGAUGCGAGUAAUGCUUUUAAGCCAUCGCAUUCUCUCCUUUUUGCAUCUUCCUAUCAUUUUCAGCUAAGAACAAGAAAAUGUAUUAUUCUAGCAAAAUCUCCCUUGCACUCGUGUGCUUCUUCUUCCUUGGCUUCGGCACUACCACGGCGACGGCGGCCACCUGCAGCAACGAACCAGUAAUAUUCAACUUCGGAGAUUCGAACAGUGACACCGGUGGCGCUUCCGUUCUUGGAGGGAAGCCGCUCGAGUUCCCGGACGGGCGAACAUUCUUUCACGAGCCAACCGGCCGUGCAAGCGAUGGUCGUCUCAUCCUCGACUUUCUAUGUGAGAGUCUAGAGACGAAGUUCUUGACCCCGUAUCUGGAGCUCUUCACUCCGGAUUUCUCAAACGGCGUCAACUUCGCCUUGGGCGGCGCCGACUCUCGCCUGGGAAGAAACGACGACACUCCAGUUGCGUACACGCUGGGGAACGAAAUUGCUGAAUUCAGUCGGUUUCGAAACGUCUCCAUUCGCCGCGGCUCUCUUGAUGCAGGGCAGGUGAAAUCUGCUCUCUUCAUGUUGGAUAUCGCCCAAAACGAUAUCCAAUUCGACGGCGAUUCCAAACCUCUCCAAAAAGUUCUCGGCAUAGUCCCCACAAUCGUCUCCAACAUUAGGGAGGCUAUGCAGAACAUAUACCAGCUGGGUGGGAGAAAUUUCUGGGUGCACAACACGGGGCCGUUGGGCUGUUUGCCUUCUAACGUAGCCCUCAUAAAUGCAUCCACGGUGGUGGACGAGUACGGCUGCGUUUCCGACAGGAACAAAGCAGCUGCCGCCUUCAACUCCCAGCUUGAGCGUCUCUGUCGGGAGCUGCGGUUGGAGAUGGGCGACGCCACCAUCGUCUACGUUGACAUCUACUCCAUCAAGUUGGACUUGAUCGUCAACGCGACAUCCUAUGGGUUUGAGAAUCCUUUCGUGGAGUGCAAGCCGCGGGGACAGAGUGUGUGCGCGGAGGGGUCGCGGUAUGUGAGCUGGGAUGGAACUCAUUACACGGAGGCUGCUAAUAUGUUGGUUGCCUCUAAAAUACUUUCCACCACUUUCUCUACUCCACCUCUUCCAUUUCAAUUUUUUUGCAAUUAAUUAUCUACUCGUGUCUUGUCGUCUCCACUAUAUUUGUAAUAGUCUUCCUCCUUUGCUUAUUGUAGUUUUUAUGGAUCUUUAUUUUUUCUUUUUCCUAGUGUAUGUGUUGAAUGAGAUGAGAUUUAGUAUCCAACAAUUUUUUGAAUGUGAGAUUAUUAUAUAA